GGGGAGCACUUCUGGUAACAACAAGAAAGCAGCGAGGAUUGCACUGUGUUGCCGAUACUAGCUCGUUUUUUAAAUAGCGGCUUUUUAUUUCACGGUAACGACUCGAUAGUGGUCAUAUGGAAAGAUGUCAGAUAUUGGGGACUGGUUCAGAAGCAUCCCUUUCAUCACCCGGUCCUGGUUCGCCGCUUCGCUUGCAGUUCCUUUAAUCGGGAAACUGGGAUUGAUUGACUUCAGGAAUCUCAUGCUAUUUCCAGAGCUGGUCUUAAGCAGAUUUCAACUAUGGAGACCAGUGACCGCCACCUUGUACUUCCCAAUUACCCCCAAUACUGGGUUUCUGUUCCUUGUCAACCUGUAUUUCCUCUACCACUACUCUACUCGGUUAGAGACAGGGGCGUUUGAUGGCCGACCUGCAGACUACAUCUUCAUGCUCCUCUUCAACUGGAUCUGCAUUGUUAUAACUGGGAUGCUAAUGAACAUGCGGCUGCUGAUGAUCCCACUGAUCAUGUCGGUGCUCUACGUCUGGGCUCAGUUCAACAAAGAAACAGUGGUGUCCUUCUGGUUCGGGACUCGGUUCAAGGCACAUUAUCUCCCUUGGGUCAUUCUGAUUUUCAACUUCAUAAUCGGAGGCUCGUUUGUGAAUGAACUUACGGGGAACCUGGUGGGUCACCUCUACUUCUUCCUCAUGUUCAAGUACCCCAUGGACCUGGGAGGACGCGCCUUCCUCUCCACACCAGAGUUCUUGUAUCGGUUCUUCCCCAGCAGGAGGGGAGGAGUGUCGGGCUUUGGAGUCGCCCCCAGCAGACCGGCUGCCCAGGAGCAAGGGGGGGGCGGGGGAGCCGUAAGAGGACGUCACAACUGGGGCCAAGGCUUCCGCCUGGGGGGCAUGGGUAUUGAAUGAGAGAUGGGGAGAGAGCCCGCCCCCCCAUCGCUCCUGAUAUUAAAUGGUGUGGAUGUUUUAGGUUAAAGUGCUCGCUUUGUCUAUUUCGCCAGUUAAAAUUGAAUUUAUAUUCGUUUUAAAGGCUCCAAGGGGAUGAGAUUUGACAAAGCGUGCACUUUUACCGAAGAGGAUGCCACACUGAAGGACUCUGGCUCAAGUAACCAAGUAACGCCAGCUGUACUAUUACUGUGGAUGUGUCCAUGGGGAACAGAUGGAAGGGAAUAUAAAUAAAUAGAUUUUUCCUUUUUUUUUUUUUUUAAAUGUGAUGUUUCUCCCCUUUCACUAAACAUGUCAGGACACUUUGCAGCUGCACACCGGCUUGAUGUUAAUUCUGACUCUUAUUCCCGUCUCUCAGUGAUGCCAUAUCAGAUUACGUUGUAAUUACCGUCGCGCUGGGAGUGUGCGCUCAGCUGAACAUGGGCCAAGCUAUUUACAGCGGCGUAAAAUGUUCUUAAACCUUUUUAGCACAGACCUGAUAUCCUCUGAUCUUGACCAAAAUAAGGCGAGGAUGACAUUUUACUCUGUAAAUAAGCUUUUUUUUUGUUUUUGAAAGAAUGACUGCGCGUAAUCAUGGUUCUAUGUUUCCUUAAUCCUAUCCAGUCAGGAGAUCUCAGCCAGUUAUUUGCCUGUACGGCGGGUUGAGAAUCACUUCCUAUACAGUUUGUACAAUAUACAAUUAGGGCUGACUAUCAUUUUCCAGCUUACCUGCACAAUUUCUUCAAAUCACUUCUAUAAAUGUCAGAAAAUUGUGAAAAGGCUUUUGUUUGGUCCAACAACGAGAGACAAAGUACGGUUGGUUGUGUAUUUAUUGAGUUACAGCAGACUUAAAAGUAGAAAAUGAAACAGGCGAGCAGUAUUCCAUCUUAGCCAACCAAAUGCAAAAGGUAUCCCCGAUAUUAGUCGGAACAUGAAACUAAAGCAGCAACUGACGUUCAGCCACGUGCCUGCUGUUCAAACAAGGGUUCAACUUUUUUUUUCUGCUGCACAAAUAUUGCAAGCUCUAGCGAUUUGACCCAUGAAUCACGUUUUCCCUUUUAGACCAUUUCUGUGGAUGGGUUUUUAAAAAUAAAUUGUUGAAGCGCA